GACGUCAGUUUGGGUUCGACUCUCCGGCGCCUGUCACCUUCCCCUUGGAUUGGGACUCAAACUCUCACCGGGUUCUGAGAGUGACACGUGUCAUAUUUCGUGUUUUUUUCCAUUUUUUGUUUUGAUAUCUUGAAAAAAAAAAUUGAUGAUAUCUGACUGGUUUGUGUGCCUUUGAGUCAAGUAAAGAAGACAUCUGCAGAAUCAAAUUGGUUAACUGCAUAUAUUUAGAUUCUUAUUUUGCUUACUCAUGUGACAUGUUGCAGUGAAAAACUGCCGGAAAUUGAUCAUUCUAAUCUGAUCUGUAAUAAAGUGAGUGAAGACAUAAGACAACAGAACUCUGAAAGACAAAAGUGAAAGAAGGAAAAAAAGGACAUAGUUCACGAUGCCAAACUACACUAAGCUGAUCUGGACAUUUCUGAUGGUCGCUGCGUGCGUCCUCCCUGCCCUGACUCAGGAUGACCUUGGAGGCCAACCCGCGGCAAGUGGAGGUGAUGCGGGUCCGGCGGUCGAGGGCGCUUCCGACGGCCAUCUGGGAGAGCCUUUGAGUAAUUUGGACCAAAAGAACAAUUCCGAGUCUUCAGCGCUUGAAGGUGCGCCUGAUGCGAACCAGGAAGGGAACAGUGAGGUGAGCAACGGAGGCAGUGGCGCGAGUCUCGAAGGAGGCGCUGAAUCGAGUCACGAGGGAAGCGACGAAGGCUCGCACUCGGGGGAUGAAGGAAGCCACGAGUUCUCGGGAUCCGACAGCUCGGGUUCGAACCCCGACGGCAGCCCCGGCGAGCACGCGGAGGGCGGCGACGGGUCCGAUCUCGACGACGUGGAGACGGUGGUGAGCAGCGUGCCCAAUUUCGACGCCGAGGGACGCUACAACGACACCACGGACUUCGCGGUGGGCGUCAACGGCUGGAACUUCCACGGGUGGUGGGCCAAAUUCAACAUCUCCAAGAAGAACGUCAUGGACAUCCCGGUGAACGAGGAAUCCAAGAACCACAUGACGUUCAUCUGCAAAGUGAAGGAAUAUGAAAGUUACCUCGAGAAGAGCUUCCCCGCCCUCGAGGAUGCCAGGAUCGUUAUCAGUUAUUAUCUGUCAUCCGCCGCAGAAGACCUCGUCAUGAAGUUGACGAUGGAGCAGGCCGGCCGCCCCCCUCUCGAAGUCUUCACGUACACUUUCCCCGAUGACCUGCUGGAGCACCAACAGGUCUGGGUCACCCAAGAAGUUCGCAUUCCAAACUAUUCCAGAAUUCAGCCGUUUAAGAUCAAGCUGAGUCUAUCCAGCUUAAACUCGAGCGUCUGGGCAGCGGACGAACUUCAGCUGUUGGGUUCAGCGCCGACGUCUCAGCCCAUGACGAACUUCACGUACCCACCCCUCACCUCGGAGCAACCAGAAGUUAUCGCCACGUCACCAAUUGUGCUGACCAAUCACACACUUCCCGCGGUGAAUGUGACGUCAGCGCCAGGUAGCAAUGCCAGCCUGAGCUCAAACUCGUCAGGCGACGGCACCAACCAGACCUCCUCAGGAUCGGGCGGAGAAGACAAGACCGAAGACACCAACGUCACGGGCAACAUCACCCCGGCUCCCAGCAGCGGAAAUCCCGACUUCUCUGAACACAAGCCAAGACCGACCGACUCUCCCCGAAAUGUCUCGAUCAUUGCCAAGCCCACAAGCAAGCCAAGCCAAGCAAAUACAAGCUCAGUAGUCCCCCCAAAGGCAAGUUCAGUCGUUCCUCCGGUUCAUUCGAAUGCAAGUUCGGUUGCUCCGCCCAUCCAAUCCAACGCAAGUGUGGUCGUUCCACCUAUCCAAUCCAACGCAAGUUCGGUCGUUCCGCCUAUCGAAUCUAACGCAAGUUCGGUUGAUCCUGGAAAACGCCCUUUCGCAAGCACGCUCGGUCCCAAUCAACCAACUCCCGAGGGAAUGAUUCCGCAAGGCAAUUUCACCGGUAUUGCCUCCUUCCUGAACGAUCUAGGUCGGCUUGAGAGUGUGGCUCAGGCUAUCUGGGACGCCUUCUACGUGUUCCUGGCACUGUUCUGCGCAUGUCUGGUGGCACUCGUGGCACUUAUUGUCCGCGGGAGGUGCAGGGAAGACGAUCCUCCUCCAGCUGUCGCCACUUACAACCCCAGGACCGCAUCCUACCGCCUCGACAAGGUUUAUGAUAACCCCUCCUACGAUAACAAUGCAGUGUGAACCUCGCGCGAUGACUGAGGGUGGGGUACGACACUUUAGGCAAGGCCAUAUGAUAUCGUCCGUCGCGUUGGGGUAAAUGACGUAUGCGAUACCUUUUAGUGCUUCCUUCUGUUUAUAAAGUAUAUUUUUUAAAGCUAUCUUCGUUAGUGUAUACAUGUUGGGAAGUUUAUGUACUAGUAAUAUGAGUUAAAAUUAUAAACGUAAAUUUGAGUGAUGGUAACGUUCAGAAUUCUGUUUAGAAGCCAACAACUUAAACCUAAACAGAAGACGAAGGAUAUAGAUUUGUUCAGAUUCAGUCAAUAAAUAGAAAAAAAAAAAAGUCGAUUGAAUUUGCAGAAUUAUUCGGUCGCAAAUACUUCUGCAAAUACAAUAAAGUUACCAAAACAAGCUAGAAAAAAAGUUCUGAAAAGACCUUUGAUGAUAAUUUAAAGAAAGAAAUAAUGAAAGAAACUGUGAUUAUGAACUGUAAUCACUGAAACUAAUGAGAUAUAAAAAAAAUAUUAAUCAUGUAGCGUGCAUGUUAUGUUGUACUACUGUAUAUUGAAUUAAUAGUAUCAUAUUUAUUAUGUCUAUCUUAUAAUCUUUUAGUGUCACUCUCUGUCAAAACUUCUGGUCAUCGGAUGCUGUUGAAUUUGAUAUAAAUUUUCUGAAACAAUAUAUGUAUUAAUAUUUCAAGUCUAUAUUAUUCAUAUCUUAAUGCCCUUCUGUUUGAAGAGACUUUCAGCAAUAUGAUGAUUAUAUAUAAUUGUAAUGAUUAUAUAUAAUUGUGAACAUGAUAAAUCUUUUUAUGAAAGUCCAGAACUGAAUAUUCUAAUUGAACGUUUUGUUGAAUCUGAAUAAGAACUAGCAUGUUAUCUCAUUCAUACACAAUGAAGAAACAGAAGGCGAUUGUUGACAGAAAAAAAACAGCUAAAUGUUAGCGUUGCCGGUUUCUAUAUAUACACACAGCCAUUAAAAAAACACAGACUCUCUUUCUCUCUCUCUCACUCUCUCUCUCUCCUCUCUCUCUCUCUCUCUCUCUCUCUCUCUCUCUCUCUCUCUCUCUCUCUCUCUCUCUCUCUCUCUCUCUCCCUCUAUCUAUCUAUCUAUCUAUCUCUCUCUCUCUCUCUCUCUCUCUCUCUCUCCCUCUCUCUCACACACACACAAACACAAACACACACACGCAUACAUAUGAUAAUUUGAAAAUGUGUGUUUAUUAAAAUGUAAUGUAUAUAGAUACUUUCAUAGAUUUUAAUUAUAAUUUUAAGGAUAUUUUUGUUGAUAAAGGAAAGGAGUAAAAGUAUUGAGAAAAAUAUUUUAGAUACACCUUUGUCAUUGUUUUAUUUAUUUACGUGUUUAAGAUUACUGUGUGAGUUGAAUAAAAAAGUAUGUCCAUUUAAAGUGUUCUAAAGAUUUUUAAAGAUAUAUCAAGUAUUUUCAGAAGCCAUUUCUAAUAGAUAUAGCUAUGUUCUAUAAAUGUUUGAUGUACGGAAAAACACGUAUGGUUCCAUGUGCUUGUCUGCCAGUGAAACGUAUGCGAUUUUUUCCCU